AUGGCGCCGCCCAUCGAGUUAUCCAUACCAACAACAACUAUCUCUAACGGUCCCAAACCCUACACGAUAUACAACGUUGCAAUAAGAUUACCUCUCCGCUCAUUUACUAUCCAGAAGCGCUACUCCGAUUUUACCUCUCUUCAUAGUCUACUGGCUGAACAAACCACCCUUCCUCCGCCUGCUCCACUCCCUCCAAAAUCAUGGCUGUCGAAAACCACAACCAACCCUACACUCCUCGAGGAAAGAAGAAAAGGGCUGGAAGCUUAUCUUUCUGCUAUAAACGAGUCAGAGGAUUCUCGAUGGCGUGACUCUAGUGUCUGGCGAACGUUCCUCAACCUCCCAAGUGCUGUUCUGAGCAACACCCCUUCCCGAGCAGCGAGUCUACAUGCUGCGAUUACUGGUCCCGGUGCAUCGCCCAUAACAGACCCUACAACGUGGCUGGACUGUCAUAGGGAUGUUAAGUCCCAUUUGCAUGACGCCAGGCUACAUCUGACGAGAAGGGAUCAGGCCUCUGCGCCUCAGAAGCAACAUGAAUGCUCUGCGCAGGCAAAGAGUAGCUUGGUGAAAGUCGGAACUAUGCUGGCGGCUCUUGAAGAUGCGUUGAAAAAUAUGGGAGAUAAGUCAGGAUGGGGUGGGGCCAAGCUUGGUGACGGAGAACUGCGACGACGGAAAGAUCUGCUUUCCAGUGCUCAAAAGGAAAAAGAAGGACUGGAGAAUCUUCUUAAUGCUAUGGUUGCGAAGAGUAAACUAGACUCUGCCGUUGCGUCCAUUAAUGAUAAGCAGGCCCUUGUUGGGACCAGUCAAAAUAAACCCAAGGUUGGGAGGAUCUUAGGCAAGGAAACCGAUCAAACACGGCAGUUGGAUAACGACGGUGUACUGCAGCUACAAAGACAGAUUAUGCAGGACCAGGAUGAUGGUGUUGAGGAGCUACGUAAGAUUGUGGCGAGACAGAAGGAACUCGGCAUUGCCAUUAAUAAUGAACUCGAGGUUCAACAUGCAAUGCUAAACGUCGUGGAUGAAGAUGUUGAGAGAGUCAACCGCAAAGUUCAAAUUGGCCGGAAGAGAGCCGAUAAGAUAUCUUAA